AAGGCCGCGGACGGGGAGGGGCGUCCCGGGCGUGGGAGGAGUCCGUCACCCUGAGGCUGUGGGGACGUUUGUAGCCAGGCGCUGGCUGGGACAGCCCCGUUGCUAUGGCAGCGGGGGCCCUUCAACGCAGACCCUGCGCGGCAGAGCCCCUGUCGCUAUAGUAACGGGGGCCUUCCGCUACCGGAGACUGCAUCAUGGCGGCGACGUUGCUGAUGGCGGCGCGGUGCGGUGCGCGGCCCUUCGGCACGGCCGCCGCCCUCUGGAAGCGGGCAGCCCCGCUGGGACCGAUGCCCAACGAACAUAUCGACGUCAGCAACUUGGAAGCGCUGGAAAAAUACCGCAGUUUCACUCGUUACUUCAAAUUGGCGGAAAAAGAGAGCAGGAGGCCCCGGUGGUGGAAGACGUACCGGCAGCACACCAGCCCGCAGCCAGAGCCAAAGACUGACAUCAGUCUGCCACAUGAUAAGCUGUUGCGGGCAAAAGAAAUCAAGAAAAGAAAAAAGAUCCUGAGGGAGAACCACCAGAAUACUGAGAUGGAAAGAGCAGCCCGGCUCCGGACUGUGCUGAUUCCCCUCAACGAAGUCAGAGCUGAGUGGGAGAAGAGCAGUGGCCCAUUCCACAAGCAGCGCGUAGCAGAGCACUGUGGGAUAUUUCGUGACUUGUUCAAGGGAGCUACGUUCACCCCUUGGGUUACCUUGAGGGUGGAGUACAGCCAAGAAGAUGAGUACCUCGUGCCAGUAUACUAUGGGAACAUCAUAACUCCAUCAGAGGCUUCUGGUCCCCCUGCAGUGGCGUAUGAGGCAGAUAAAGGCUCUCUCUGGACCUUGUUGCUCACAAAUCCAGAUGGACAUCUAAGAGACACAGACUCAGAGUACCUCCACUGGCUGGUGACGAAUAUCCCAGGCAAUGACUUUAAGUCAGGUAAGGAGAUCUGCCACUACUUACCGCCCUUCCCUGCCAUGGGAACUGGCUACCAUCGCUUCAUCUUCCUCCUCUUCAAGCAAGACCGCCCCAUAGAUUUCAGUGAGGAUGUUCGGCCGAUGCCGUGCCACAGCCUCAAGAUGCGAACCUUUAGCACAUUUGACUUCUACAGAAAGCACGAGGAUGCAAUGACCCCAGUAGGGCUGGCAUUUUUCCAGUGUCAGUGGGAUAGCUCCGUUACUGGGGUCUUCCAUCAACUUCUCAAUAUGAGAGAGCCUGUGUUUGAAUUUGUGCGGCCGCCCAUUUACCAUCCUCCGCAGUUGAAGUUCCCGCGCCACCAGCCUCUGAGGUACCUGGACAGAUACCGAAAUACUCAGGAGCCCACCUACGGCAUUUACUAGGGACCCAGACACUUCCUGCAGCACUCAGGCGUAAGCUGGAUGCCAGCCAGGCAGAUGGAGCUGCCAGUGUUCCUGCAUUCACACAGCUGGGGGCAUCUGCACCUCUGGAGGGAGACAACAAAGUCUCAGCCCCUCAGCUACUGGUUCCCCUGUGCUGGCAGCACUGGGAACUGAACAGCCGGGGAUGACAGGGCUUGCGCUGCUGGUGGCUGUGUGAUUAAAAUGCUACUUAAGUAAAGAUGGAUGAAAGCAAA